UCGGUUUGGCUUACAACAACAAAAUAAUGGUAAAGUAGUACGCUUAUCUAACGCUAGAACACAGAAUAAUGUAGUUUUAGUCGUUUUAGCUAACUUACCUUAAAUUGUGUUACGUUGUCUUGACGACUAGCUAGUCUCGUAUGCUUGGCAAACUCAGGCUAAAUUUACCUGUUACACUAUCGUACUGUCAAUAACUAGAAUAUUGUUUUUUGGACAGGAGAGGUCUCCAUGGACUUCAAUAGUCCCGACUUUGUACCUUCUGUCUUUUCCUUCGCAACCCAGUGUGAAAUAGACAAAGGAGAUACAAAACUUGAGAGGUAAAUAUUGUCACUUUAGCCUUAUUUAGUUGCUAACUGGAAUCACAUUGCAUGCAUCAAAAUGCAGAGAAUGUAUGGCAAGUAAGGUCAGAUAGUUUUUAGAUAAUUUGUCAGACCAGAUUUUUGUAAUGUCUACAUUGUCUUGUGAAGCCCUGUUAAGCUAUGCUAUGUAAUUUACACUUGACUUGGUUUUGGUACCUGAUAACCUCCUAUGAUCUACCAAGCAACUAAACUGUUUUGGACUGACUGUUUGACCUCAUCUCUGUGUAUCAGAUUUAAGAGGAAAAGAAAAAGGGAAGAAACCAUCCACAGACCACCAGAUGAUGUACAGCGGUCCAAAGAAGCUAGUGAUGAGGCUUCUGGAGCUUGCCUGUCCUCAGAUGACUGCAGAAUGGAGCCUGGUGCUGAUCAAUGCACUGAAGCCACAGUCCCAAAGGUUCUCCAUGAUGAUCUGAAACACAAGUACAGCCAACUUUCUACAGAGUGUGUCAACCUGCGUUUGGAGAUCGACAAACUGAAAACUGAGAAUGAGGAACUAAAGGCAACACUCAUGAAUACACAAUUUUCCUUUAGCUCUAUCAAGAGUAAAGCAGUGCAGGUUCUGUUUUUCACAGGGCUGACCAGUGUCUUAUUUGAGUGGUUGAGUCACAAACUUAAAGACAGUGUAGAGGUUGUGCGUGGCUCUAUGAACCUGAAGGAUCAUCUAUUGAUCGUCCUAAUGAAACUUAGACUAGGGCUCUGCAACAAGGAUAUUGCUUUCAGAUUUAAUGUCACAGAAAGUGACAUUUCAAACAUUUUGAGAAGUUGGCUCCCUGUUAUGUCUGCGACUUUAAAGCCUCUCAUAAAGUGGCCAAGCAAGCAUGCAGUAUUAAAGAAUAUGCCAAAAUGUUUUAAACCUAAAUAUAAACAUUGCAGGUGCAUUAUUGACUGUACAGAAAUUUUUAUCAAUAGACCCACAAAUUUAACCUCCAGAGCCCAGACGUACUCGAAUUAUAAAAGCCACAACACUAUUAAAUAUUUGAUUGGCAUGUCACCUUCAGGAGCCAUUUCUUUUCUGUCGGCAGGUUGGGGUGGGCGAGUUUCAGACAAACAAAUUACAGCUGAGUCUGGAUUUUAUGACCUUCUAGAGCAUAAUGAUGAGAUACUAGCAGAUCGGGGUUUUACCAUCAGAGAUGAGCUUGCCACACGUGGUGCCACACUUAGGAUCCCUCACUUUACCAAAGGUAAAAAGCAGCUCUCUGCUCAAGAAGUGGACAUAUCAAGGCGUUUGUCUAAUGUGAGAAUACACAUUGAACGAAUAAUAGGUAGAUGGAAAAAUUUUAAAAUUCUGACAACUAUUAUUCCACUCACACAGGUUGACCUGUUAGACGAUAUAGUGAUUGUUUGUGGAGCACUAACAAACCUUUGUAAAUGUAUAGUCCCAAGAUAGCUUAAUUUAGAUUUAUUCUGUAAGUAACUGUUUAUUGUCAUCAACACAAUUAAUUGCACAUUCAAGUGUUAAAAUGUAAAAUAUUAGUACUGUAUUAAAUCAUUUGCUUCGAAGAACAUUUCAUUCAUCAUUUUUGCACUGUUCACAACACCAAUCCACAACCUUUCUUCUUACUCUAGCACAUGUGUAGUGGAAAUGGUUCUUGCACUUUGCACAGUCAAUCAUCAUUCCAAAGUCUGGCCUUUGACAGUGUGAGCAGACUCUAGGUGACUGCAUCAGUGGAUCCAUGCUGCGUGUU